CGCGUAUGCGCAUAUGUGCAACACAAUCAAGACAUUACGCGGGUUAUUUUUUUGGUGUUCGUUGAUUUUUAUUUACAUGCUUCAAGAUAAAAUUUUAUCAUAGUGUAAUCAUGGAUAUUACUGAAAACGAAGAUAUAUCGUACAAUGAUUUCGAGAGCUUGCUCCUAAAUCGAGAAGACAUGCAUGUAUACUUGAAAAAAUUGAAAGACGCUUGUAAUAAUUUCCAUACUAGAUUUGAACGGAGUGUAUUGGAUUCUAUUUCAAAAACUUCAGAAUGUGCAAAGCAAGUGGAAAAAAGUUUUGAAACGAUAUCUCACUUAUUGAAUGAAAGAAAAGAAUUAAAAAAUUCAUUAGAUAAGAUUAAACUUGAACAAAAAGUAGUUGAGAAGAAAACAAUUAAUAUGAUGAAAGAAAUUGAGAGAACGAAAGCUGAAAUAGAAAGUAUUAAAGAGAUGAGAGAAAAAUUAUCACUUGAUAUUGUGGAUCUCCAACAAGAAUCAGAAAAAUCCAGAGAGCAUAUGAAGAGGCAAUGGGAUGCAGUAAAGAAAGCAUGUAGAGUAUUCAAAAAUAUAUUAGAUAUCCACAUUGAUCUAGAAAUUAUAGACCAUGUAGAAAAUGUUACUGUCACAUUUUUCUGGGCUGAAAAUCCAACGGACAAAAAAUUUUAUGUCAUUUUAACACAUCAAAAUGAUUGUUGGAAAGUCAAAAAAAUUGAACCUGAAUUAAGUGUGGAAAAUAAGUACCAAUUGAAUAAUGUUCAAUUUUCAAAACAAUCGGAAGUGGCCAAUGUCACUUCACUAUUAUGUGAAUUGAGAGAAUUAUUUUUGAAAAAUUAUUUCAAAAACAACACCAGUUGAAGUAUUUACAACCUUAUAAUUUUGUAUAUUAUAAAGGCCUUUCCUAUUUAAUUGACUUUUUAUGUCAAAAUGAUUUUAUCUGUACAUUUAAAAUCAUUGUAGAAUAUGUGUAAUUAUAAAUAUUAAA